GCUGGAAUGAGUAUAUAAAUAAACAUGCAAACUCUUAAAAGAAUAAUCAAACACAGAGUGCUCUAGCACGUACAAACAAGAACAUGGACAAAUCCCCGAGGGUAAUUCCUGAAUCGCAGAAAGAUGACGAUGAAACUAUGAGAAGUGAGCCUAACUACAGAGGAAUUAAGGCAAUGCCUUACAUCGUAGGAAACGAGACGUUUGAGAAGCUGGGGACAAUCGGGACUUCAUCUAACUUCCUAGUGUACCUCACUUCUGUCUUCCACAUGAAGACCAUAACUGCAACAAAUCUCAACAAUAUCUUCCAGGGAACUUGUAAUUUUGGUACCAUCAUAGGAGCUUUCCUUUCAGACACUUACUUUGGUCGUUACAAAACACUUGGAUUCGCCUCAAUAUCUUCUUUCACGGGGAUGCUUUUUUUAACUCUAACAGCAGCAGUUUCGAAGCUCCAUCCACCAAGCUGUGGGAAAGAAGAAACUAGCAUAUGCCAAGGACCAACAACAGGGCAAAUGGCUUUUCUGUUAAGCUCUUUUGCACUUCUAGUUGUUGGUGGUUCAGGGAUUCGGCCAUGUAACUUAGCCUUUGGCGCGGAUCAGUUUAAUCCCAAUACAGACUCUGGAAGAAAAGGCAUCAAUAGUUUCUUUAAUUGGUACUACUUCACCUAUACUUUUGCUGUGAUGGUGUCCUUGACGAUCAUAGUGUAUGUGCAGUCCAAUAUCAGCUGGUCUAUCGGAUUAGGAAUUCCCACACUCCUUAUGUUCUUUUCUUGUGUAUUCUUCUUUGUUGGCACUAACAUAUAUGUCAUAGUAUUGCCACAAGGUAGUCCUUUGCUUGCUGUGGUGCAAGUCAUUGUGGCCGCUAUCAAGAAGAGGGGAUUAGAGUCACCGGAGCAACCAUGGCUUACCCUUUUUGACUAUAUACCAAAAAGUUCCACCAACUCAAGAUUAUCAUACACAGAUCAAUUCAGAUUCUUGGACAAAGCGGCAGUUAGAACUCUAGAAGACGAACUGAAGAUAGAUGGAUCAGCAGCGGAUCCAUGGAGACUUUGCACCAUCCAGCAAGUGGAAGAAGUGAAAUGCUUGUUAAGAUUAGUUCCAAUAUGGUUUGCUAUCCUCAUAUACCAUGUAGCAUUCAUCCAACAGAACAACUACCUAGUCUUUCAAGCCCUUCAAUCCGACAGACGCCUCAUCAAAAGCAGUACAUUCAAGAUUCCAGCUGCAACUUAUAUUGUAUUCACCAUGAUAACACUCACUAUCUGGAUUCCCAUUUAUGACAGAAUCAUCGUUCCUUUCCUCAGAAAAUUCACAGGAAAAGAAGGCGGUAUUACUGUGCUCCAAAGAAUGGGCAUUGGAAUUGUUUUAUCUAGUCUAAGUCUAUUUGUAUCAGCCUUAAUCGAAUCCAAAAGAAGAACAUGGGCCCUAACUAGGCCAACACUAGGAAUUGAACCAAGAAAAGGCACAAUUUCUUCAAUGUCUGGCUAUUGGUUCAUCCCACAGUUAAUUGUAGCAGGACUUUCCGAAGGAUUCUUCAUGAUAGGACAAAAUGAACUCUUUUACAAGCAAAGCCCAGAGAACAUGAAGAGUAUAGCCACAUCAUGUCUCUUCUGUGCAUCUGCUGUAUCGAGUUAUUUGAGUAGCUUCAUGCAAACAAUGGUUCAGAAAAUGACAGAAGGUAAAGGUAAGCCCGGGUGGUUAGCAGAAGACCUUAACCAGGGAAGAUUAGACUAUUUUUACUACAUCAUCGUCGCACUUGAAGCCUUGAAUCUGGCCUAUUUCAUAAUCUGUGGCAAGUGGUACAAGUAUAAAACAGCAAGCAAAGACACCACCCCUGACCCUGGAGUUGCAUUGGAAGAAUUAAAAUCCGAAAAGCCUCUUGUUUGAUGCAUCAAUGUACUAUUAUAUCCAAAGAAGAAGAGUCUGCAUGCAUGCACACUCUUAUAUACAUGCAUGCUCUCUGUUCUUGAUCAAUCAACAAAGCUUAAGCCUUUUCUAAU